GACUUGCUCUACACACCCACAUUCAAUGGCGCUGCUUCGGCCGUCUUGAAAAAAGGGGGGAAGCAAUCGUCGCCUGCCGAGAUGUUGGAAGUGGAAUCCUUUAAUCAGCGCUGGCAGCCCUGCUUGAAGAAGAAAGACGAUGAGAUUGCAGCGGACAAGGCUUUGAAUGAGAUCAACAUGAAGAAUGCUGAAGAGGAAGAGGAAAACGAGGUGUCAAAGCUUCUUCGAGGUGCUGUAGAAGCAAACCCCAAUCGCUACACCAAAGGUUCGAUUGAGCAUCACUGGGCCACUGCAUCCCAAACCUUGGGAAUCUACGUGACAAUUCUGACCGAGCCCGACACCGAAUCGCAGCUGACAAAGCUGAUCCUUCAGUCGCCAGUAGGCUUGGGAUGCUUGCCGCACUACUUGGAAGUGAAGCCGGUCACAGUUUGCAUCAGCGAGGACAGCUUGAAAGACAAGCGCAAGAAGGUGCGGGGUGCGCUGCAACAAGUGCAGACAAUGCACCUCAUUACCAGUGAAGCGCUUGACAAAGUGAUCCCUGAUCGGCCUCGAAACCGGUAUCCGGGAACCACAAGGGGCAACUGCGUGGCCUGGGUCAGCUUGACCGCCCCAAGCGACCACUGGCAGAUGACAGUUGAAGAGAAGUCCGUACUUUACGGUCAUCAUUGCAUCGGCAGUGAUGCAGCAGCGGCUGAUGAUGAUAAGAGGAAGGGCCAUGAAAUUGAACCGGCAUUUUUCAAUUUCCUCCCUCGCACCUUCUACGAAGAUAUCCUUUCCACUUACUCA